AUGGAUCUUCCUAGUGAUAUUACCAUCCAAGUGGACACAAGUAUUUUCCAUCUUCACAAGGUAAGUUAUUUUAAGUGUAAAGUAUAUUUGAUUUAGUUUUUAUCGAUAGCUUUUCUCUCUCCUUCGAGCUUCAUCUUGAUGUAAAGUCUAUGGAGUUGAUAACAAAGUGAUUCUUUUUAUGGAAUAUUUUCUGGAAAGUUUUCCAACUUUUGUGCAAGAAGAGCUUUUAUGCAUGACGGCUACUACUAUUCUAUCUUCAUUCUAAUUUCCGUUGAUGAUGAUAAAUUUCAGUGAAAUAUCUUUGGGUCAAAACAUUGUCAGGAUGUUCAGGUUCUUUACACUCCUACACAAGAGUACUGUUUUCUCCCCUUAAAUAGCUUGUCUGUAUUGCACGGUUUAUGCCCAUUUGUCUGAAUCCCGUCAUAUUUUACUCUUACUCUUCCUAGGAGAGCCCGAGAACAAUUGACAGGAGACUUACCUCAAUUAGGGUUACUUUUGAAUGGAAAAAUCCUCUCUCUCUCUCUCUCUCUCUCUCUCUCUCUCUCUCUCUCUCUAUCUCUCUCUUUCACACACACACACACACACAUGGCCUAACCAUCCUAAAAAGCUGCCCAACCUACACGUAAAGAAAGGCAAUUACAGGAUGUAAGGAAGGCGUUUUAAAUAUUGACAAUACGACAACAAGCAAAAUAAGGCCUCCACGAUUCAUAAAAAUAAAUGGUAUGAACAUUGACAAUUACAAGCAACUGUUAGAAAAACAGCUUCCCCCCCCGGCUGCCAAAAAAAAAAGACUGUCGGUGUUAGUCAUGGUUUGUUGAGUGCAUGGUGGAUGAAAUAAUUCUAUCCUACCGUAAUUACUUGUUUCUCUCUAUAUAUUUUCUUAAAUGAGUGUGUAGACAAAAAAAAAUUAAUUUAAUCAAGCUGAAAUCUCUAUUUGUGCUUUCAGUUUCCUCUGUUAUCAAGAUGCAGGAAGAUAGCAAGGAUUCUAGAGACAUCAGAAACUCAGGAAAAGGCAAUGUAUGUCGUAUUGAUGGAAUGUCCUGGAGGCUCUGACGCAUUUUUGUUCGCUGCAAAGUUCUGUUAUGGUCUCCGUGUGGAAUUGACAGCAAAGAAUAUUUUAACAGUGUAUUGUGUCGCAGACUACCUUGAGAUGACUGAGGAAUAUGGUGAAGAGAAUUUGCUUCCAAAUGCAGGAACAUUUUUUCACAAGGUUGUUCUUCGAAACUGGAAAGACUGUCUUUUGGCACUUCAGUCAUCUAACCUUACAAUUGAGAAUGAGGUUACCCUCCAAAUCGUGAAUAAAACCCUGAGUGCUUUAUCCAUGAUGGCAUGUACUGAUCCCAGUUUGUUUGGCUGGCCUAUGAUGAUGUAUGGGAACACGCAGAGCCCUGGUGGGAGUAUUCUCUGGAAUGGCAUAAAUACAGGUGCUAGAAUUAGGAGUGACGUAUCAGACUGGUGGUUUGCAGAUGUCUCCUGCCUUUCUGUGCCAUUGUUUUGCCGACUCAUGGAAACUAUGAAGGAGAGAGGGAUGAGACCAGAAAAUAUUUCCGGUGCAAUCAUUUACUAUGCCAGGAAGUACUUACCUGGUCUUGAUCGGUGGCUGACGGGGUAUGGGAGGAGAGGCGCAGAAAGCUUCAGCGUCGUUUCUGUUGACCAGAAGGUGUUACUAGAAAGCGUAGAAAAGCUGCUUCCUGAGAAGAAGGGAAAAUCCUUUUGUCAGUUCCUGUUGGGACUUUUACGAAUUGCUAUGAUAUUGAAUGUUCGUCCAUCGUGCAAGUAUUCUCUUGAGAAAAGAAUAGGCAUGCAACUUGAGUUGGUUACUCUAGAGGGUCUUAUAAUUCCUUCGUUUUCAGAUUCGGACAGUUUAUAUGACACUGAUUGUGUUGAGCGGAUCAUUAAACAUUACUUGUCAGCUGAGGCAUCUAAUGUUACAGGAUUCUCUCCAUCAUCAUUUGAUCCGUGUCUGACACCGUCCUCCUUUCCUUUGACAAGAGUUUCAAAGUUGGUGGAUAGCUAUCUUGCUGAGGUCGCCUCUGAUCCAAACUUGAAGCCUGAGAAGAUGCGUAGUCUAGCUGAGGCCUUCCCUGGAUCUUUAAGGUCUCUCAAUGAUGGACUGUACAGGGCACUGGAUAUCUAUCUCAAGGUACGAGACAUUAAUAGUUCUUAUCUCGUAUUCUUUGUGACUGAGUUAUCCAUCCAGAUCUUUUCAGAUAAUUGUUGCUUUAAAGUCAUCGCACACAUUUCAUUUCUCCUACAUUAUUCGAGCAUAUAAACUGUAAAAUGAAAUGUCGUUUAAGUAAGGAUCUAAAUCGUAACUAUCAGGAUCUCAUACAGUUCUUGGCAUUUCAGGUUGAGAUCAUUCUUAUCUAUUUAUGGCUGGCUGAUAUUAUAGAGCGUCGAGUGUCUAUAAAUGCUUGCCACCUUUUCUCAUUGUCUCAUAGUUUUGCAGGCACACCCUUGGUUGUUGAUGAGCGAGAGAGAACAACUUCUCAGUGUCAUAGAUUAUAGCAGGCUCUCCAUUGAUGCAUGUAGCCAUGCGUCCCAGAAUGAACGGCUGCCGCUGAGAGUUACUCUGCAAGUUCUAUUCUUUGAGCAGUUGCAGCUGAGAACAGCUCUUUCAAGUCGUUUUCAUGUUGCAGAUACUGACAGCAAUGUGACGGGCAAUGAAGAAGAUGUGGCCGGACAGGUAGUGCAGGCCGGAGGCUGGGUUUCUCUGGUCAGAGAAAGCCGCACCAUGAGAGUAGACAUGGACAAGAUGAGGUCAAGGGUCAGAGAGCUGGAACGGGAGUUUGUAAAUAUGAAGCAGGAGGUCAAGAGGGCUGGAAGACCUCACGGUUUGAUUAGUUCUAAGAAGGCUCCCACCAUACUGGGUUGCAUGCAUCUUCCUCAUUUGGGUGAUCCAAAAUCCAACUCCCUGGGGAGCGCAGUAUCAAGCCCACGGAAGUCUUUUGAGCGACUCCAGCAGCGUCAACAUCUCAGAGAAAAGAAAAGUUCUUCACUGGUUUGA